GUCGAAUACAACCUCAGUCGCUCAGAGAUAAGCAGUGAAUUAGGAGUCAACGCAAUAGCCUACUUUUGAUUGUCUGCAUAUUGGAAAAUGGAGCCCGAAGUCCCAUCUUGGCUGAAUGAAUCAUAUUUGGCAACUGUUCUCCAAGGAGGAGUAGACCAGGAACCAAGGGUAACGGUGACCAGCUUUACUGCAAAGUCAGCUCUACCUCUAGACCAGAAUUAUGGAACUUACGUUUUCAGAGUAAAGGUACAAUACACAGUCGGGGAGUCAGUUGACAAACACGUUAUCUCACUAAUAAUUAAAACACCCGUUUCUCACGGGUUUCUCAGUGAAUACAUGGAGAAAAUUGAUCUGUUCAACAGAGAACAAAGGUUUUAUGCCGAUGUACUAUCUCAGUUGAACAAAAGAGCAAAGUUUGAAUUUGGCCCUAAGGAUUUCUACUGCCCUGACAGAAACAGGUUGGUGCUGAAAGAUUUGAACGAAGAUGGCUACGUUAUGGCCGAUAGAUCUAAACAACUGGACUUGUCUCACUGCAAGUUAGUUAUGAUGUCCUUAGGGAAAUAUCACGCAUCUUCUGUAUCCUUACAACACGAAAACUCAAAGCUUGUUGAAGAAGCCGGCUCAGAGAGGUUGUACUACGAUGAAGGUCCUUUUAAAAAGGAGGUGAAAGGAUGGGUCGAAACUUCUUUGAGGUUGGUAAGUGAUGUUCUGAAAGAAAUGAAAGGAUAUGAAAGCUAUGGAGAUUUGAUGCUCAGCAAAGUUGACGGGAUCUGGGAGUACCUUGUGAAGGUAUUCAAACCUAGAAAACAGUCAGUGAAUGUUCUCAACCACGGGGAUUUGUGGGUGAACAACAUGCUGUUCAAAUAUAACAGCUCUGGAACACCAGUUGCUGUUAAGUUAGUGGACUUUCAGUACCCAAGGUACUCAUCUCCAGCAGUUGACCUCAUCUACUUCAUCUGGACUAGUGCGGACGAGGGUGUUCGAGAAACCAAGCAGGAGGAACUGCUCGACAUCUACCUGCAGACUUUGAACUCCACCUUGGAAGAGCUCGGGUGUCAGGAGCGGCUAACUGCCGAAGAGUUGCGGCAAGAUCUGAGAGCACUGGCGGACUGGGUCCUCGUCCUGAUUUGUCAGCUGCUACCCACAGUGCUUUGCGAGCCUAAAGACGUCAUCAAGACGGAAGAUUUCAAACAGGAAGAUUUUGAUCCUGAAAAACCAGAUGAAAGAAUAGAGAAAAGGUAUCAAGGGAAACGAUUCAAAUCUGCUUUACCAACAGUUCUCCGGCAAUACCAGUCUUGGGUAUUCUCUUAAUGAAAAGGGCGGGAUAGAAAUUUCAAGCAAUCCUGAAUUUGUUUUUACGCAUAUAUGAGCUUCUUUUGUAAUUAAAAUAGAUGCCAAAAACGAAUUCAUCAUA